UCUUUCCCUCUCUCUGUUACCCUCUCUCUGUUUGUGGGGUCUCCCUUACCCUCUGGCAACUCAAGCUCCAGAUUCCUCAUUCCUGGCUGCAGCCAGGGCUAUUAAUACAGUUUGUUUAGUUAGUUUCCUAGCAGGCAGCAUCAAACACUGCAGGCCAGUGGCUGAUUAUAGCCGAGCCGCUGCUCCACUCCACCUGCUGACGAGGAGAAAUCCAAGUUAAUAGCAGGACAGUGUCGGCGUCGGCGUCGGCCUCUCUUGCACCCACUGGAUCCAGGCCGCCGGCCAGCGCAGCCUUGCCUUGCCGUCUCUGGACGAGUGUAAACUUCCAGGAUAGAGCAGGAUGUCUUAUGGGGCUUCCCAAAGCCCCCAAAGCCCAGUCUUGGCAGCCACAGCCGUUGCCAUGAUCAGCACAGCAGCCAUCUCAUCCAGUGCUCUAUGUCAACACACACCCGGGGUUCUGAUGUUAGGAAGGGGUGGAAAAAAGGGAAAGGCCAAGGCUCCCAUUUGUUUUACAGGCUGAAGAUGCAAUAAUCUGGGUUUAAUGGCAGCCUUUAUAGCCACUGAGAAUGAGUGAAAUGAGAAAAGGGCCACUGUUUUGCAGUGGUAGAGGUUGUAAUUAAGUUGUUUUGUAAGAUGGCUCCUUUUUUUUUCAGAGCCUAUUUUUAUAGGAAAGGCCCUGGUAGGAUUUCGAGUGAAAUGGUUGCAGGUCUUUUUACUUGCAUGCAUGCUUAUGUUUUUUUUGUUUUUUUUUAAAAAUCAACUUCCUCUUGCUUUUUGUCAGCACUUUCGUAUCUUGAGAUGAAACACAUGAUACGCUAUCAGGGUCCAGCAAGUUGUUAGAAAUUGUCUGGGCUCGAUAAAAUUUUGUAAAAUCCUGAUGCGUAAUGUUGUGAGUGUAUUCUUGUGUGUGUUUGAAUCUGCACUGUUUUUCUCAAACUGAGGAAGGUCCACGUAAGAGUGCCCUCAAAAAUUCACAGAACAACGUGAAGGUGAUGUUUGUUUGUGUGUGUGUGUGUGUUGUUUGUAAAUGGACUUCUCGCACACCUCUGUCCAAAUCGACUUUAUGCGGACUGUAAGCUGCUUGAAAGCCUUGGCACCAAGCUGUUGGCUUGCCUGCUGGAGUCUGUGAGGUCUGCAAGGAAUCAAGCUGCCUGGCUUGUGUGUCACUUUGAUGUCUGCCAAGAGGGAAAGGCCUUCUUGGAGGCAAACAAGAUGCAGAGAUUCCACACACACACACACACACACACACACCAUCUUCCCACAGUGGAAAAUGAGCCAGGGUAUGUGGCCUAUAGCAGCUCAUUUAAACCCCUGAACCAGCCCUGGGUUGGGCCUGCCUCAGAAGCACCCAUCCAGUCCAAAUCCAUCUGAGUACCUCGGAGUUAACAAUGAUAGCACCAGAGGUCAGCGAGAGCAGCCUGGCUGAUGUCUUUGUGUCAGAGGAGAGGCCAUGGAGAGCUCUCAGGUGUAAGCGAGCUCUCGAGGGUGAGAGAACGAGAGGCUGUGACGGUGCGCCCUGAGGAUUUAUUAUGCGCGGCCGAGGCGGAUUGCGUAACAGUUGCUUGUUGUCACUGUGCCUUUGGGUCGGUGGAGGUGGUGUAUAUGGUGGAGAGGGUCGACGGAGGUGGGGGGGUGGGGGGAGGAACGCAGCGUUGAAACAUUCAUGUUGGCUUCUUCACCAUCCACCUAAUUCAAAUUUAAUGAACACGUUGCUUUUUUUUUUUUGGGGUGGAGAAAGCGACAAAAAUAGUCGAAUUCCGGAACCUGUCCUCACACGGUGUGUUGUUGUAGUAGUGUGCCCAGGAACAAAAUAAUUAGUUGGGGGGGGGGGAACUGAUGCAAGAAGGAGAAGGUUUUCUACCCACGGAUGAACAAGCUGUAGGUUAUGUCAGUUCUGCAUCCCUCUGUAAAGGGUACGAGGCUGUAAAACUGGUGCAUGUUCACGCAAGUGUGUCUUGUGUCUGUAGUGUUGGUCAAUAAUGAAUAAAUGGAAGUUCCCAUUGAGACCGAGUGGAAGUUCCAGACUACAUGGGUGGGGUGCUCAGUCCACACUGUUGACUAAAUGAGAGCAGAUGACUGCAUGGAGAAUACAGCUGUGCAUGCAUGGCCAGCAACAUGGUUCCCUCUUUACAGAAGCAGUCAGCGGAAAGAAGUUUGAACACUGAAGCAUCAGUGAGGGGGGUACGCUGCUGUACUUUCCCAUGCAUGCCACUGUGUUGCACAGAAAAAGGACUUCCUUGGUUUCUUGUCAUCAGUGGCAGUUGUGUUGAGAGGAUGCAGGUUCUGGCCAUAAGAAUAAUAAGCAGCAAAGGAAGUCUAAAUACAAUACAAUAAAGGACACCCCAUGUGAUCUUACACUCCAGUCAUGCGCACACACACAAACACGGACAGGCUACUUUUUGUCCAAGAGAUUCUGUAACCCGCCAAAAGCUAUGAGUUUUUGUGCAGCAUUGCACAGGAUUUCCCGACUAAUGUGUUCCACCGCAGCAGGCAUCCAAUCACAAACUCACGCCAAGUUUUCGGUCACCAAGAUUUAGGGGCUUAUAUCAACAGCAUAAUUGUCUGCCCAAGCUACCUAUAGUUCACGAACACAGGCUCCGUUAUUCCCCACAAAAUGGAUUUAUGAAGGGGAACCCCCAACCCCGACCACCUGGGACCAUGUUUUUACUGAAACCUUGCAAGCGGUUAGGUCCUCAUCAGGUGGUGUACUGUUCGGAUCCCGCAGAGGAUGGCGAAGGGGAAAAUAUGUGCUGGGGCAUCAUGUCUUUAUGCCUCAAUUUGUGACGCCUGUUCUAUGCAUGCAUGCACAGCCACUGGUGCUGCUUACACUGCUACGAGUUUGAGGAAAUAUGCUAGAGGGGCGCCUUUAUGAGGUACAAGACUUUUUGUUUUCCACUGUGAGACUGAGGGUUACAGUGUGAAGGUGGGGGAGGGGGGGGGAGGGCGGGGGGGUUCGCCAGAGAGGGAGCGUAAGGAUAGAGUCGUAAGGGUGAGAGACCAACCAAGAGACGGACUGCGAGAGAGGGACGGAUGUCAUUGUGCAAAUGCUUGUUCCCUCCUCAUCUGGAAACUGCUCCUCAUUGGACAGCCAGAUGCCCCCAGUGUGAAGGAAGUAUCACCAGGGAAACUUCAGCUUGCUGUGAAUGUGUGUGUGUGUGUGUGUAUGUGUGUUUUUAUUUUUUUUCUUCUUCCCUGCUCGUGUUAUUUUUAAACACCCUCUGCUUCCUGCAUUGACUGAGGAUCAACCAGUAGCAUCCAUGUUUUGUUGGAUUUAGAGGGACAGCUAGAGUCCUCUAUUUUAAAGAACAGCAGUAAUAUCAUCGCAACAAUGUCUUUUUCCUCUCCUCUUUCACAGUUACAUUGCAAGCUCUUCGCAAAAAUGGGGGACGACAGACCUUUUGUGUGCAAUGCUCUUGGCUGUGGGCAGAGGUUCACCAAUGAGGACCAUUUGGCCGUGCACAAGCACAAGCACGAGAUGACUCUGAAGUUUGGCCCAGCUAGAACAGACUCGGUCAUCAUAGCAGACCAGACACCGACUCCCACGCGGUUCCUGAAGAACUGUGAGGAGGUGGGCCUCUUCAAUGAGCUGGCCAGCUCCUUCGAGCAGGAGUUCCGCAAGGCCCAGGAGGAUGACGACAAGAACCGGUCCAAGAACCCGCAGCAGCAGCACCACCACCACACUGCUCCUAGCACGGGGGUCGUGGACAUGAGCCUGCAGACGCCCUCAGAGGUCAAGGUGAAGGAGGAGGAGCCUGUGGAGGUGGACUCGACCCCGCCCGGCAGCCCGGAGUCCAUCUCCAGCAUGUCGGACAGCGGCCCGGAGUCGGUAGGGAGACCAAAGGACACUCCCCCCAGACCUCCGAUGAGCGCCGCCCCAACCCCCACCAUCGUCCGGCCGGGCUCGCUGCCCUUGCACCUGGGCUACGACGCGCUGCAGCCCACCAUGCCCUCGCCCACCUCCGUCAUCACACCGACCCCGCCCUCCAACCGCCAGCUCGGGUAUGGCACCACGACGUGGCCAAGUUCUCCGACUGGUCCUUAUCCGAUGAUGAUGCUUCCCAACGGCCAGACGGUGCCCGUGUUACCCGGGCCCAUGCAUAUGCCCUCAGUCAUAUCCCUGGCGAGACCUCUGAUGGUGCCCAACAUUCCUGGCAUCCCUGGACCUCCACUAGGGGGCAGCAGCAGCAGCUGCUCAUCCUCACCAUCAGGCUACAACCUCCACUCUGAGGCCAAGAUGAGGCUGAAGGCUGCCCUGUCCCAGCAGACAGCCACGGCACAGACCUAUAGUGGGCUGGCCACAGGCUCCAGCCCCAUGGUGCCCCAGAGGAUGGAGCACAGUCAGAUGCUGGUGCAGCAACCCGAUGCCCCGUCCCCCGCACAGCCACAGGUGUCUCCCGCCCAGCCCACCGGGGGCCGUAGGCGGCGGACGGCGGACGACGACCCCGACGAGCGGCGGCAGCGCUUCCUCGAGCGGAACCGGGCGGCGGCCUCGCGCUGCAGGCAGAAGCGCAAAGUGUGGGUCAACUCUCUGGAGAAGAAGGCCGAGGAGCUGUCCUCCAUGAACGUCUCCCUGUCGAAUGAGGUGGGCCUCCUACGGAACGAAGUGGCCCACUUGAAGCAGCUACUGCUGGCCCACAAGGACUGCCCCGUGACCACCAGGCAGAAGAAUGCCUACCUAGGUGGAGAUGAGACCAUGAAAGACGUGUCGGAGCCCGUGGGCUCCCCGGCCGCAGUCAUCCAGCACAGCUCACUGGCCAUGAGCCCGUCCUCCUCCUCAGCAGGUCCCAAUGGGAUGAGCGCGCGGGCCGCGGCCGAGGCGGUGGCCAUGUCGGUGCUGGCAGGCAUGGGCAGCCAGCGGGGCGAGCACGGGAACCACCCCGGGGGCGGCGGCGGCGGCGGGGGUUCCCACGUCAUCAUGGCCACACAGUCCCAGCACGCAGCCAGAUGAUGAGCGCGUCCCAGCGGACACGGGACUCACCCCCCACCCCCCCACGCACCCCUGCCAGAAAGAGAUGGAAGCAGAGAGAGAGAGAGAGAGAGAGAGAUGGAGGGAUGAGGGGCGGAGUCU